GUCAGAAUUAUCUUAUGUAGACCAUGUUUGACUAAUACUAAGGAUAUUAUUCUGUUAUUGUAGUAAUUGUGAACCAAAAAAAUUAUCCGUCCUGAGGGGUCAAUCAGAAAUUAGGCCAAUCAUGGAUUAAUAAUAAAAGAUAAACAUUUCAUGCAAGUUAGCGCCACAGAACAACUUUAGCUAAUCCUAGCUAAAUUUCCUUUUUUUUCUUUACAUAAAAAAGCUCCACAAAAACGCAUAUAGACAAUACAAACUACGAAAAAAGGCUACUGCUACCAAACUACCAGUCAAAAACGAUAACCCAUAAACAUAAAAAAAACCUUCUACUUCCUCAUUUGAAAGCACGUCACAGAAAUGAGCAAUCUCAGUAGUUCUGUUUCAGUUAACCAACGAAAACUUAGUAACUCUUCAGGACACCCUGCGGAGCCGUUAUCUGAACAGACGACUCCACGAAGAGGAAGUAAGCGAGACCAUGACGAUGAUUUAGACGACGAUUCUGGUGACGACGAUAGUAAGAGCGAGAAAAAAGCUGGACGCCGCAAGAUAAAAAUCGAGUAUAUUGAUGAUAAAAGUAGACGCCAUAUCACCUUUAGUAAAAGAAAGGCCGGUAUAAUGAAAAAGGCGUAUGAACUUAGUACAUUGACGGGCACACAAGUUCUUCUUCUCGUCGUAUCCGAAACUGGCCUUGUUUAUACCUUUACUACUCCAAAACUUCAACCUCUCGUUACUAAACCUGAGGGAAAGAAUUUAAUUCAAGCUUGUUUAAAUGCUCCUGAUGCACCAACUCAAGAAUCAGCUGCUGCGCAAGCACGUGCGUCUCAAAGUACUCCAAAUUAUGGAAAUGAUAAUACUCACACAGAUGGAAAUAAUGAUAACGUUUAUGAUCAUGAUCGAAAGCAUCAAGCACCUAAUAGUGGACAAAUAUCAUCUGCUCAAUCUUAUGCUCUAGGAAUAAAUCCAUAUGCUAAUCAAUAUAGUAACAUCCCAAGCAGUAUGGCAAUGGGUACCGGAGGUCUCGCUCAAUCUUACAUGUCACCAGCUCAAUAUCCUCAAUACAAUCAGCAACAUUUGAAUCAAUAUGCUACCGCUCAAGGUUCUCCUUACAUGCAAAGUCCAGCUGCAGGUUAUUGGAAUCAAGCUAAUACUGGAGGAAAUGGAGCCGCAAAAGUUCAACAAUAUUCACCUCAACCUGGUGAUAAGAAAUGAAUUGAAAUGUCAAGCAUGACUGAAAAAUAGACUAAAUAUCAUAUUUUCUUUAAAUAAUUUUUUGUGAAUAAUAUUUUUUUUCCUUUUUCACGUAGAAUUUAUGACUUCAUAAUAAUUUGCUAACAUCUAAAAAUUUACCUUUUUUUAUCCCGCUCAUAAAAAAAAAGCAUCAUAUCCAUUUAAGUUUGAAAUUUAUCCUGUUUGAUAUAGGUUAAAUUAAUGUUAUAUAAUGUGAUAAAUUUAGUUGUUGAUAUUUUUUAAGUAAAAAAAAAAUCCACAAUGAUUCUUAAUUGGAUAUGGCGAUAUCAUAAGUGGGAAGUUUUAUUUUCUCUCUUUUUUUUUUCAUUUUGUAUAUCAUUUUUCUCUUUCGAUUUCCCCUUUUCCCUUUCUUUCGAAGUUGUUUGCACUAAGUCAAUAACUUCGUCUGAGUUGUUAAUAAAUUUUUACCCCUAGUAUAUAAUUGUUUGGACAUUUUUUUUUUUUUU